UAAAUAUGAUAAUUCGGAAAAAAGCGAGACCAAUUUCCCAAGAAGACAACUGGAGGGGAAACUAUAUAAAUUGCUUCAAAACUUCCUAGGAUCAGCAGUGACAACAACUGCCUCAAACCAAACGCGUUUAUUCCAAAACUGAAAAUGGAAUACGUGAAUGCAUCGGCCAGUUCCAGUUUUAACCAAUCCGCCAUUGAGUCCAUCAAUCAACAAAUCAGUCAAAUCAACUUUAUCCUCGAUGAAUUCUACCUUUAUACGAUGGGCAUAUUCAUCAGCUUGAUGCAAAUCGGAUUUGGUUUGCUCGAGGUGGGCGCCGUGCGCUCAAAAAAUUCCACAAAUGUCAUGAUGAAGAACAUGAUGGACUCAUUUCUUUGCGGCAUCGUGUACUGGUUGUUCGGCUUCACGCUGGCGUUCGGCACAGGCAACUCGUUCGCUGGGCUUUAUCCAUAUGUGGCUGGAUACAAGCUUGCUGAGAAAAAGAUGUUCGCCAAAUGGUACUUCGAGCUCUCCUAUGCCAGCACGCCGGCCACCAUCGUGUCCGGAGCCGUCGCCGAACGUUGCCAUUUCAUCGGAUACCUUGUCUACAGUUCACUCAUUUCUUGUAUUGUGUAUCCAAUCGUGUGCCACUGGGCUUGGACCGAGGAGGGCUGGCUGAAGCAGUUGGGCUUCCAGGACUUUUGCGGCAGCUCGGUUGUACACAUGUGCGGUGGUUGCUGCGCCAUCGUGGCUGCCAUCCUGCUCGGGCCACGUUACAACCGGUGGGAUAAGAAGAAUGAGAAUGAUUCAGAUGAGAACUUCAAUGGACACAGCUCUCCGAUCAGCGCGCUGGGAGCGAUGUUGCUGUUCACGACGUUCCUGGCGUUCAAUGCUGGCUCCGUGCUGCACAUUUCUCAGCCAGGCGACGUCGAGCUGAUCGUCAAAAUCAUCAUCGUGUCGCUGCUGAGCACGUGCGGCUGUGCCACCACCACCCUCUUCAUCAGCAAGGCCGGUGGCUUCAACCCGACACCCUUUAAGGGUCACGGCUAUUGGAGCUUUUACCACACGGCCAACGCGGGCCUCAUGGGCCUGGUGAUUAGCUGUGCAAGCGCAGACUCCAUUGAGCUUUGGGCUUCCUUAGUCUUGGGCUCAUUGGGCGCUUUCGUCUACCUGGGCUUACACCACCUCACCAGGAAACUUAAAGUGGACGACGUGAUCAACGUGAUCCCAGUGCACUUCGGCGGCGGUCUGUGGGGAAUUCUGGCGAGUCCGCUGCUGAAGAACGACGCGCUGCCUGGUCUUAACGGCACGCAGGCCGGCAUCUACCUCGGCUACAACAUCAUCGGAAUGCUGGCCAUCGCAGCCUGGUCCAUGGGCUGCGCCUUGAUCAUCUUCGUCCCGCUCAAGAUGAUGGGCUUGCUUCGCUCCUCGGAGCACGAGGAGAUCAUAGGCAUGGACGCCGCAAAACACAACGAGCCGGCCUACCAGUACACCAUCAAGGACAUCGACCUCGGAGAGUACAAGAAGCUUAUCGAAACGAGUGGCAACCUUACGCCGACGACGCCGCAGAUUUUCAACUUCACCACCGGUGGCCGCAUUCCGUUCAACCGGCAAGAGUCGCAACAAAUGCCCAUCAUGGCGUGACAGAACUUCAGAUUAAUCUUAAGGCUCCACGUGUGAUUCUAUUGAGAAAAAAGACAUUUUGAGUACACCGGAACCUUGAGGCUCAAGAGAGUACUUUCAAGGGCCAUAUUCAUUUAAAUAGUGAAAUUACAAAUUAUAUGUUUUCCUUUGAAAGGAUUGUGUAGUACCUGCAAAGAAUAAAGGUUGUAGUUAUAAAGACCACUUUGCUAAAUGCAAA